CUCACUCGACGCUUGUUUCAAACCCAUCCAACUCCAUGUUGCAUUUUCCCACAGUGUCCCACCUCUCUCAGCCCCCCACUGUGCGUGUCCGUCCUCGCUUUGCAAUCCAAUUUGUCCUCCUCUCCUUUAUCCUUCCUUUCCUCCCCUCCCUUCUUUCAUUUGAAGUAAUGAGAUUUCUGCUGUUCAGCGGAGAGUUUUAGAAACGCGCACGCACGCAUUGAAAAGCGACCUCUGCCGCUCAAUUUACUGCGCCGCCGCACCUCCGGCCAUCUCCAAUCUGCUUCUGCGGACCUCGGAGCGCAGGCCGAGAGGAAUCACAGAGGAGGAAGGAAAUAAACUGUGCAGGACUCAGAAGAAAGAAAGAGAGAAAGGAAGGAAGAAUGACAACAGAUCAAAUAAAAUCAAGGGUUGUUUGACGGAAGAGGAGGGAAGCCUUUCUUUUUAUUGCGUCGCAGGAGUGUGAGGGGUUUCAAGGCAAGGGAGGGCCUCCCCCCAUCGCCGCCCCGCCGACAUGGUGGACCUGUUCCUGGACCGGGUUCUAGUGGAGAACAACUCGGACCAGGACGAGCUCAACACGGAGCGCGAGAUCGUCGGGAUCCUGGAGAACCGCCUCCUGCUGCUCUUCUUCGCGUCGGCCGAGUGCGAGGAGUGCCAGAGGUUCGUGCCCGUCCUCGCCAGCUUUUUCAGGAAGCUGAAAGACCCAGCGUACAUCGAGUACCCCAAACUGCUCGCUCUGAUCUACGUCAGCUUGGACCAAACUGAGGAGCAGCAGAAAAAAAUCCUCAAAGAGCUCCACAAAAGGACUUUGUUUUUGGCGUUUGAGGACCCGUACAGAAAGGAGCUCCAGGCCAUGUUCGAGGUGAAGGACGUCCCGGCGGUGGUGGUCCUGCGCCCCGACGGCUCCGUCCUCUCGCCGAACGCCGUGCGGGACAUCCGCCGCCUGGGCGCCGACUGCUUCCGCAACUGGCAGGAGUCGGCGGAGCUGGUGGAGAGGACCUUCAUGCUCAACGAGGAGUUCGACGAGCCCAACCUGCGGAGCGCCACCGACCCCGUGAGGAGGCUCAAGUACAAGACCGAAGACGACAAGAGGAACAAGAGGUGGUGGAAGCUGUGGGUGAAGGGAAAAGACGGAAACGGCGAGGGGGAGAAAGACGAAGCAUGGGACACGAAGAGAAAGAAUGGAGAUGGAGGAAUAUGGCGAAAGAGAUGAAA